AGCUCAGCUCAGCUGAAGCCUCAAAAACCAGAUUGAAAAAUCACGAUACAUACAGAGAAACACUCUGAUUCCUGAUUACCAAACACUGUAAUUGAUUUGAGAGAGCGAGAUUGAGAAGAUGAGGCUAAAACUGUACGUUGAUCGAAUGUCACAACCAUCUCGCGCUGUUCUCAUCUUCUGCAAGGUAAAUGGGAUAGAUUUUGAGGAGAUUAAAGUCGAUUUGGUUAAACGUGAACACUUGAAUCCUGAAUUUAAAGAAAUAAACCCUAUGAGACAAGUGCCAGCAAUAGUUGAUGGAAGGUUUAAGCUGUUUGAGAGUCAUGCAAUUCUUAGGUAUCUUGCUUGUGCAUUUCCUGGAGUAGCUGAUCACUGGUAUCCAUCUGAUCUAUUCAAAAGGUCAAAGAUCGAAUCAGUGUUGGAUUGGCAUCACUCUAAUUUACGCCGUGGUGCAGCUACUUAUGUUCUAAAUACUACGCUUGCACCUGCGCUUGGCCUUCAAUUGAAUCCACAAGCUGCUGCUGAAGGUGAAAAACUAUUGUUUGCAUCACUUGCAAAGAUUGAAUCUAUUUGGUUGAAGGGGAAUGGUCGGUUUUUGCUGGGAAGCUCUCAACCAUCCGUAGCAGAUCUGAGCCUAGUUUGUGAAAUAAUGCAACUAGAGGUUUUGGAAGAGAAGGAUCGUGAUCGAAUAUUAAAUCCAUACAAGAAAGUUCAGCAGUGGAUGGAAGAUACGAAGCGCGCAACGAGGCCUCAUUUUGAGGAAACGCAUGGAAUCCUCUUCAAAGUGAAAGCAAAGCUACAAAAGCAGCAGUUGUUGGGAGCUAAUAAUGCAACCAAUUCUAGUAUAAAAACUUCAUUGCAGUCGAAGAUGUGAGUACUGUUAUGAAAUGUAUGUUUCAAAUCUGUAGUACUCUCUAUCUGGUACCGGGCCCUGUGAUCAUAUGGUGAAAGGAAAUGUAGACACAGCCAAGCAUAAGACUGUUGUACUCGGAACUUUUUAUGUUGUUUUUUUGAAAUUUGUAGUGGAACUUGUGCAUGUGUUGAAUAAAAGCCCACCAGAUUGGCAUUGUUUAAGAUUA